AUGGGACAAAUUUUAGCAGCAAAUAGUGAAAUUGACAUUUCUCAGCCAGUUACACAAGUAGGAAAGCUUUUAACUGAAUGUAAAUUAUAUAUAGGAAAAUGACGAGACACCUUAGAUGUCUUUAAACGUUUUUGGCGAAUUCCAAGUACUUAUGGCUUCUUUCUAUCCAAAAAUAAAUUAAAAGAGCUUACAGUUGAGUCUCCAAUUGACGGUCUGGAGCAUCAAAUAUUCUCAUUAUUUUCUAAGCAUUUUAAUCAACUUUUUUGUCUUCGUUCAUAUAAAUUUAGCUUAUUUUAUAAGAAAAAUAAGAUAUUUAAAAUAUUCCCAGCUAAUAAAUUAUUAUAAUGGACUAUAAAGGAACCCCUCCAAGAAUAAACGCACUCGAAUUUUUAUGCGCUAUAGUAAUUUACGGGAAAAUUUCUUGAGAACAAAAAGUGAAGCUUAUUAUGAGACUAUUUGACAAUGACAAUGACAGAGCAUUGGUUCGUGACGAAAUCGUCAUUAUGCUCAAUUCAUCAUUAAAUUCUAUAUCUUGCAUGACAAAAUCCCCAAUCCCAUCAAAUAAAUUAUCAGUUGCUAUAGCAGAUCAAUUGAUGUCUCAAUGUUCAUCUCAGUCUUGAAUAUCUACAGAUGAGUAAAACAUAUUUAGGCUAUUAUUUUGGACUCAUAACACACGAGAAGUUUAUAACUUAUUACACUCAUAUGAAAACCUCACAACACCCACUAUAGUGCAGCUUCCACCUUUGCUAUCACCAAUUAAAACUCGUAGCCUUACCCCUAAUAAGAAAGUAUCAAAACCUAUAGUAACUCCGAAGCUAAAUAUAAAAAAUCUUACCCCUAUAAGGCAAAUGAUGCCCAAACAAAAAUCAAUGACAGAAAGAUUUAUCAAAAAGCCAAAAGAAGUCUAUAUCUUAGUUAAUGGCGAAGUCUUUACCAAAAGUUGAGCCCUUGAGUUGAAGAGAACUUUUAAAAAAUUAGAAAAUUUUAAGCACGAAGUUAAUACGCAAGCAUUUGGAGCAGUAUUAAGUAAUAUCCCACUGUUAGAAUCCUAUGCCAAUAUUAUUGAAGACAUGUCAAUAAUCCAUGAGCAAGCAAAUUUUCAAGAAAUUUUAGAAGUUUGUUGCGGAGGGGCUACAAGUGACCAAAUAAAAGUUAUUAUGGGAUGAAUUGAAGAAAAUGAAGCAAAGAUGCAGGAAAAAAUAAGGGAAAAGGCUCAAAGAGAAGCGAUGAAAAAAUUAAGUGAGCCUAGCAUAAGAAACUUAAAAAGGCUGUUUGAGAUUUAUGAUAUAAAUCGUGAUGGAUUUAUUGAUUAUGCUGAAUUAGUUGAAUGCUUCAAGCACAUUAUAGAAGAAGAAUAUCUAGAAAAUGUAUUGAGAAACUUCGAAAGGGAUCAUGAGAAAUUAUUUGAUGUUCAAGAGUUUAUUAGAAUUAUGGCACCUAUGUUUUCAGAUAUUAUACUAUAG